UGAAGAACAACUCUUUUCAAAAAGCUCUAGAUUUAUAUCCCAGUAAUGUUCAGCAAUGCUCGGCUCUGGCCGGUUUGCGACAUGGAAGACCAACCCAGGGCUUUUUUUGUUCAGCUCGAUCGCAUUGUUAGUUUCUUCAUAAAUAGUCUACACAACAGCCACAAUCGCCAGCUUGAGGCAAAUAAAGACUUUCUUGCGGGAGAUUCUACUCCCUUUUCAAACAUACCGAAUGAAGAUAUAAUUUCCCCCGCUAUCUGUGUAUUUGUUAAAGCUUAUCCCUGACAUCUAUCUCCACGGUGCGCAUACAGUUGGCCCACCACAGAACAGAAAAAGCAAAGAACAACGACGCCAUGACGCUCAAAGACCUUCUCAAGAAGAAAGACAAAAAAAUAAAAGACGACGACUCCCAACACCCUCAGCAACAGCAGCGCCAGCAACAGCGCUAUUACCAGCAAGAAGCUUUCUCUCCUCCGCCUCUUUCUCCUCCUCCCGAAUUUAAAUUCUUCCGCUCAGACACAUUCACAACCGAACCUAUCCAACCCCCCGGGGCCCAACACCACUCGCACCCCGAGUCCCAGGCUCAAUCGCAAUCGCAAUCGCAAUCCCCUCCACUUUCAAACCCCUCCACAUCGUCGCAAAGUCCUUUCUCCCGCUUGCGCCGCUUCUCCAAUGCCUCUUCCGCCGGGAGCCGCGAGCACUCGCCCGGCCAUGAGUUAUCACCCUCGCGCGGCGAGAAGGGCGAGCGCCGUCUUUCCCAGCGCCUGCACCUGAACCGUUCUUCGCGCUCCACUAGCACCUCCUCUGUCAAUCUUCCAGCGAAUCUCCCACAAAUCGCGCCGGACACGGGCGAUGCGCAGGAGCGUGAGGCUCAGUGGGAGAAGAGAGCGACGAUAAUGGUACAGGGUGGCUUGAAUGCAGCUGCUGGCAUGCCACCUCCUAGCCCGAGAGGGGUUAUUGAGCAGCAGAAAGAGGGUGAUGAGAAUAUCCAAGAAGCGAUUCGACUACAUGAAAAUGGACAGCUCGUGGAAUCAACUCAGAUGUUCGGCAGACUGGCUGAUCCCAAUGGUGCAAAUAAUCCAUUGAGCCAAGUACUCUAUGGCCUCGCUCUCCGACAUGGAUGGGGAUGCACACCCGAUCCUGACAAAGCCAUCACCUACCUAUCCGCUGCGGCAUCCAACUCUGCCUCGAUCGAGGCUGAAGCUCUGCGUGCGGGUAUGAAGAAAGGAGGCGCUGCUAAGGGCGAGUUGGUGCUUGCCAUGUAUGAAUUGGCCAAUUGUUUCCGUAAUGGUUGGGGAGUAGCCAAAGAUCCCGUCGCAGCCAGACAUUAUUACGAGACUGCAGCGAAUCUAGGAGAUACGGAUGCCAUGAAUGAGGCAGCCUGGUGUUUCUUGGAAGGAUUUGGAGGGAAAAAAGAUAGGUAUAAGGCCGCACAAUACUACCGCCUUGCUGAAGAGAACGGCAACAAGACCCUUGGAAAUACUUGGAUAUGGAAGGAUAAGUAUAAUCCAAAGCAGUAAACACUUUCCCGUUCCCGUGUAACGUUUAAGGGUUUAAUUAUCCAUUUUUUUUCGGCCUAUGAAUUUUCAUUAUUUCGAUUCGAAUUUAAUUGCUUGAAACAAGCAAACUGGCUUCGUUAAGACGCCAUUUAUUUUCGGUCUGGUUACCAUCCUUUCUACAAUCGCUUUAGUUAUUUGAUAGUUAUAUGAAAUUAUAUUGUCCCAGAAAUGCAAAUGAAAUCAAUUCCAUGA